GCCCCUCGGCGGCGCCAUUUUGCAGGCGGCUGUCGCGGGGACCGGAGGCGGCGGCAGCGGCGGCAGCGGCGGCGGCGGCUGGCACUGCGGCGCCGAGCGCUGCAGCGGCAGGACGGGAGCCCGGCGAGCGGCAGCCAGCUAGGUCUUGACUCUGCUAACCGGGCCUCCCCAUGUGGUUUUGACCUUGGACCUCGGCAGGACAAGGAGAUGUAGCUCAGCGGCUGGUACCGGGAAGCGUAUGGACAGGUGCAUGUCACAGCAUUUAGGGUCUAAGAGAUGGCGCUUGUCGGGGUCAGCUCUGCCUGAGAAUUGGGUGCUCCAGGCUCUGGACAGCCACCUCUGAUCCUGGGCUCCUCGCUUGAACACGCCUUCCCUUCCAGCCACUCCAGUCCAACAGCCAGACCACUCGUUUUCUCUUAAUGAUGGGAAUCGGCAAGAACACGACAUCCAAAUCUGUGGAGGCUGGGAGUUCCACCGAAGGCAAAUAUGAAGACGAAGCGAAGCACCCCGCUUUCUUCACCCUCCCGGUGGUGAUAAACGGAGGUGCCACGUCCAGCGGUGAACAGGACAAUGAAGACACUGAGCUCAUGGCAAUCUACACGACAGAAAAUGGCAUUGCAGAAAAGAGCUCUCUCGCGGAGACCUUGGAUAGCACUGGCAGUCUAGACCCCCAGAGAUCGGACAUGAUUUACACCAUAGAAGACGUUCCUCCCUGGUACCUGUGCAUAUUUCUGGGGUUGCAGCACUACCUGACAUGCUUCAGUGGCACAAUUGCGGUGCCCUUCCUGCUCGCCGACGCCAUGUGCGUGGGCUACGACCAGUGGGCCACCAGCCAGCUCAUCGGGACCAUUUUCUUCUGUGUGGGAAUCACGACAUUGCUGCAGACAACGUUUGGAUGCAGGUUACCCCUGUUUCAGGCCAGUGCUUUUGCAUUUCUGGCCCCUGCUCGAGCCAUCCUGUCUUUAGAUAAAUGGAAAUGUAACACCACAGAUGUUUCAGUUGCCAAUGGAACAGCAGAACUGUUACACACAGAGCACAUCUGGUAUCCCCGAAUACGCGAGAUCCAGGGAGCCAUCAUCAUGUCCUCAUUGAUAGAAGUGGUCAUCGGCCUCCUGGGCCUGCCUGGGGCUCUGCUGAAAUACAUCGGGCCCCUGACCAUCACGCCCACGGUGGCCCUCAUUGGCCUCUCUGGUUUCCAGGCGGCAGGAGAGAGAGCGGGAAAGCACUGGGGCAUCGCCAUGCUGACAAUUUUCCUAGUUUUACUGUUUUCUCAGUAUGCCAGAAAUGUUAAAUUUCCUCUCCCAAUUUACAAAUCCAAGAAAGGAUGGACUGCAUACAAGUUACAGCUUUUCAAAAUGUUCCCUAUCAUCCUGGCCAUCCUUGUAUCCUGGCUGCUCUGCUUCAUCUUCACGGUGACAGAUGUCUUCCCUCCUGACAGCACGAAGUACGGCUUCUACGCUCGGACGGAUGCCAGGCAGGGCGUGCUCCUGGUAGCCCCGUGGUUUAAGGUCCCGUACCCAUUCCAGUGGGGACUGCCCACCGUCUCUGCAGCUGGCGUCAUCGGCAUGCUCAGCGCGGUGGUCGCCAGCAUUAUCGAGUCCAUCGGGGACUACUACGCCUGUGCCAGGCUGUCCUGCGCCCCACCGCCUCCCAUCCAUGCUAUAAACAGGGGGAUUUUCGUGGAGGGUCUCUCCUGUGUUCUGGAUGGCAUAUUUGGUACUGGGAAUGGCUCUACUUCAUCCAGUCCCAACAUUGGAGUUUUGGGAAUUACUAAGGUCGGCAGUCGCCGGGUGAUACAGUACGGUGCGGCCCUCAUGCUGGGGUUGGGCAUGAUCGGCAAGUUCAGCGCCCUCUUCGCCUCCCUUCCAGACCCUGUGCUUGGCGCCCUCUUCUGUACUCUCUUUGGGAUGAUCACAGCUGUUGGACUCUCCAACCUUCAGUUCAUCGAUCUGAAUUCUUCCCGGAACCUCUUUGUGCUUGGAUUUUCAAUCUUCUUUGGGCUCGUCCUUCCAAGUUACCUCAGACAGAACCCUCUCGUCACAGGGAUAUCAGGAAUCGAUCAAGUGUUGAACGUUCUUCUCACAACUGCCAUGUUUGUAGGAGGCUGUGUGGCUUUUAUUUUGGAUAACACCAUCCCAGGUACUCCAGAGGAACGAGGAAUCAGGAAGUGGAAGAAGGGCGUGGGCAAAGGGAGCAAGUCGCUCGAUGGCAUGGAAUCCUAUGAUUUGCCGUUUGGCAUGAACAUUAUUAAAAAAUACAGAUGCUUCAGCUACUUACCCAUCAGCCCGACCUUUGCGGGCUACACCUGGAAAAGCCUCGGGAAGAGCGCAAACAGCCGGAGUUCCGACGAGGACUCCCAGGCCACGGUAUAGCCAUAGCUCGCCCUGUGGCCCGGCCGCAGUGAGGCGUGAAGCUGUAGUUCCUUGCUGAGUAACAAGCAGUAACAUAUAUGUUUGUAUAUCUGCAUUUACAUUCUGCAUCCCAGAGCUGAGACAGGUUACAAAUAGCUUUUUUGUUGUGGGUAGUGAUUAUGUCUGAUAGGAUGUCUCACUUCUCUCCUUAUUUAAGCCCUGACCCCUUGCCCUUGAGAGCAUUCACUGCUGGCCAUGGUCACUGAACUUGAAGGUCCUGUCCUCCUGUGGGAGUGGAUGUUUGAAAUCCGCAGUGAUUCCUGGUUUUCAGUCCCCUUCCACCACCCCGUGCUAGCUUUCCUACAAGCCGCCUCCAGGGUCCGGGGGCCUUCUGUUCCGGACGCACCUGAACCAGCUUGUUUUUUUAUUUGACCUCGGCCUGAACUGCAGAGACCACCUCUGAUCAAGGGGCACCAGUAUCCUCCCAUUGUCACAACUGACAGGUCAUAUGUGAUUCUGUGUUGCCUGAUCCUCCUGUAAGAAGAGGCCGUUGACCUGAUUGAAAACUGACGUGGUUACCCCGUGCCCAGAUCUGUGCAUGAGUAAGAUCUGUACAGAUACUAUUAAGAUGGAAAUCUGUUUAGGGGCUUGAGGGGGAAGGGAAAGUACCUUGAAAUCAGUAUCUGAUUUUCAACUGCUCUUUCUUGGUGCCACCCAGGUCCAGGCUGGGCCAGCACAUUUGAUACUGGCCUCUUUUUCACUGGUAGCUGAGACAUUCCAUCUGGCAUUUAUCACUCCUGGCUGGUAUGAUGGGUAUAGAGUGCCACACAAGGGCACCAAGCAGACGUUCGUGGGAGCCUUAGCUCUGCUGUCAUGUGGAUGUCAGUUAUUGUCACGCGUGUCUAUAAUUACAAGAUUUUAUUCCUAUUUAAUGUUAUUGACUAUAGCAGAUUUUUGAAAUCAGUGUUUUUCCAUGUGAUCCUCUUACCUUGCAUCCCUAUUACUUGUCCCCCACUCCCCUUCCCCUUAUUAAGAAAAGAACCAGCAUUUGUAAAGCUGUGGACACCAUCAGGGAAGCUUGUUGUCAUGGCUUUUGAAAGCCAGUAACCAUUGUUGUGGUUGUGUUUUGUAUUGCUUGAUACCACAAAAGUGUAAAUACUGUAAUGCCUAAUCUAUUUAUCAAAACUGACUACUGGACCAGAGCCCAGAAACCGUGGGUUAAGUUAUACGUGAAUUUGUUUUGUGAAGAAGGGAAGCUGGGGCAGGUAACAAACAGAGCCGCCAUAUUGAAUGGUCCGGCCACCUGGUAAAUUCGUCACUUGCAGUUCUAUUGCAAGCCAUUUCUGUGGGUUGCCCUGUUGCAUGUCCACUGAAUCUUGAUUUUGCAGAGAGGAAGAUUAGAUCCCCUGGUCAAAUGCUGCCUUUCUUGUUUAAGUUAAAGCAGAAGGUGGUGAGAAAAGCAGCCUGCAGGCCCCCUCUGUUGAGUUCUAAUGAAUAACACUAAAUUCCUUCUGAAAAAAAUAACGUCUGUUGAAUUUGGUUUGAGAUUUUUCAGCCAAAGGAAAAGCCUCACUUGAUGAGGUUGUGCUUCUUAAGUAUUUGCUGACCUGGUUGAGUCUUAGAUGGCGUUGGGCAUUCCUGUCUCCAACAGCAGAGCAUGGUUCUCGGCAGCCUUGUGUCCACAUGGUGCAUCUCCUGCCCCCACAGCUGGCUCUGCCUCUCUGCAUUGGGAUGUCUUUGGCAGCAUUAUUGUGUCACUGUCGCCUCUUUGACUCCUGGAAAGGUUGGGGCUUCAAGGCUUAUUCUGGCAAGAAUACUUCAGAGCCACUGCAUUGUUUUGCCAAGAUCUUAUUGCAGAUUAAGUAAAAAAUUUAGAUUCUAAAUUACAUUUAAAUUUGUAUGUCAUGUUUUUUAAAAUUGUAUCCGAUGCAUAGUUACUUUAGAAGCACACUGGUUAACGGUUUUCACCUCUUUAACUUGGUAAGCCCUCGAGACUGACAGCCCUCCUACGCUGAUUGCUCUCACUUGCUUCUAUGUGUAUUUUGCUCAGCAUCUCCAAUUUCUCUGCUCUGGAAAAAUGGGGAAAAUGGUUAAACAUCCCAGAGAUUUGCAGUAUUCCAGCUCUAGGUGAGCAGAAGGACCAAAUACCCAAUAAAAGCAUCUGAACCGUCGGUAAUUCAGAAACAACUUCCCUUCAACUUAACGUGACCGGGCAUCUUCCCUCCCAGUGAGUAAUACUCAGGGUACGUGCUUCAAAUGUCCAGAAGCCUACUCCUUUCUGAAAGCCCUCGUUGGGCCAGGUUAUGAGGAGGUUUCAAAUCUGCUGGUCCGGGCUUUGUCUUCUGCAAGCGUUCAAAUGUGGAGGGAAGCCCUGUACCAACACCUCCUAUCGGAAAGAGGGUUUUUGCCCUUCCUGUUCCAUUGGGGCCAAUGUUAGAUUCUCUGUCCAAGGGUGGGGAGGGGACAGGAGGUGAGGAGGAAAGAGGGCAGCCUGACUAGAGGUCCCAUUGAAUCUGGUACUUUCUGCACUACCUGUGAAACUCACCUUUGCUUGAGGGAUUGGAGUCUCAUGACAACUGAUAAAUCUUGUACACGCAGAAUCCACCAGCCGUUUUAGGACGUGGCCUCCUGCUUGCAAAUAUGCUAGAGAAUGAGUCUGUAAUUGAAAGAAAAACGUGUUCAUCUGCUCCUUAGAGUUGAGCACACACCUGAAGGGGAGGUUUUGGGGAACGCGGUGGCCAUGCGUGGUCUGUGCCUGUAACACUUCCCACUUACAUUGUUGGCCUGCAUUGCUGGGGCCGCAUGCCCACCCUGCUUUGUUUGGCUAAUAGAAUGUUUUAGAAUAUUGUGGAUGUAAAUGUCCUUGGGCAGGGCAUUCAGUCUCCAAUUUCUACAGCGACCACCUACCCACCAUCUUCACAUUUACGUUGGCCAUCCUGAUGUACAAAGUAUAAGGACAGUAGAUAUUGCCCAUAUCACAGUGGGGGACAAGGGAGACCCCCCCCCCAACUGGUUUUGGUAAAGUAUCUAGCAUGGUUCACAGAAUCAUGGGAAAUGGCUCCAGUCUCUGUAAGCAAUUUUUAUUCUCGUUCUCACUAGGGAAUUAAACUUAGAUUCAUUGAUACAGAAUCUUUCUUAAGAGGGUUUCAAACGUUAACUUUGAGGAAGUUUCUUGUGGUUGAUCAAAGCAAGAGAAGUGGCUUAACCAGGCCAGCUAGAAUGAAGCAUCCUGGGUCCUGAUGGUUUCCCAUUUUCAUGGUAACAAAUUCACACACGGGAUUUGCUUUAUGCUGUAGCAUACUGACUUUCAUGAUGACAACUUGGUUUAUGCAUGAAUAUUGCAGUAUUUCCAUAUAGUAAAAUAACAUUUCUGCCCAGGAUAAUAGUCACAGUUUUCCAGGGAGGGAAUGGUAUAAUUUUCAUGACAAUGUCAUGUGAUGAUAGAAUUUCUCCAUUGAUGAAUCUCUAGUAUGUGUGUAUACUUUAUUUACCCAUGCGUAUAUCUUAUGUCCAUGAGCUAAGUUGUUUUUUCUUUAAUUCGUGUCCCUGCUGAAAUAUUAGUACUAGCAACUUAGGCUUGAAGUUGGCAACUCCAAUCUUCCAUAAUAUUGAUGCCACAAGAGUGGCCAAGCCAGGUAGAAGGUGAAUAAGGAAGGAUCUGUGGCGGAGACCUCAUUCUGGAACCUGUGUGGCGUGAGGACAGGCGGCUUCCUGCUGGUGGCUGUGUUGGGGUGCACACUCGGCUGCACACACCAAGCCUAGUGUGGCUGUUGCUGGAAGCCUUGUGUGCACACCCAGCCAUGCCCACUGGACACCGUGGUAGCCCUGCACAUGUGCCUGAGCUUUCACAGGACCCAGCGAGCCGCCCCUUGGCUUUAGAGAAGAGCCUGGGGUUUCUUAUGCUGUGGGUAUUGUUCUCUGUCCCCUUAUGCACAGAGAACAGGACAUCUCCCACCUUCCACCCCUCCUGCAGUCACAACUGGAGUGGUGCAAGAAUGCCGCCCGUUUUUGCCAGCGUUCAGCUUCUGCCCGUGGACCUGUAAAGCACGUUAGCGCUGGGGAGCCCCUUUCAGCAGCCUCACACACAUUCCUGUCCUUCUAGGCUGUUCUUGGCUCUGCCUCGUCAUCAUUGUACAUAAGUAACGUCCAGCGUCCUUACAAUCGCUGUGUGUGUCCCCCGGCACUUAGGACCCCCGACCAGCGUUGCCAUCUUACUGACAGUUCAAGGGGAUACCCUUUUUCGUUCAUUCAUAAUGACCUUUGUUUGACACAUUAACACAUUUCUGACUGUUCUUAAAACAGUGGGGAUGCUUGUGUUUUCCUUGAGUUUUUGUGACUGACUUUGGCUAUGUACCUUUCUGGGAUUUUGUUUGUUUUUAUUUCGCACACCGAGGGUAUCUGGGGUGGGGUUGUUUUUCGAGAUGUGUAAUUCUUUUAUGGAGUUUUUAAAAAGAAUUUUCAUAUUGUUUUUCUAACAUGGCUUCAUUAAACGUUUAAGUAUUUUAAAAAUAUGUACUAUUUGGACCAGAUGUUGUGAAUAAUAGUAGAGAUAAAGCUAUUUUAUUCUGUAUUUUUAAAACUGUUCCGUAUAAAUAAAAGCUCUCCUGGACGCGGC